UGUUACGUAGGCACGUCGCUGUGCGUGUAUCUGACAGGCCAGCGCGCCAAAUUGAUAUUGCUAACAAAGACAAAGCAGAAAAUAGAACUUAUUUGAUUUCUGCAUAGUUAACAACAAACCUCAAAUGUAAAAGUAUUUUAUACACUUGAGAGUAAAUACUUUGCCGGUCAAAACUCGGAUUAACGUACUCGGUCAGGAUGGGUUUGCUCGAGCGGUGUCAGGAGCUCUUCAAGACCUCAAACCUGUACGAAGUGCUGGGCAUCAACAAAGAGGCAACCGAGACAGAGAUCCGGAGGAGCUACUACAAAGUGUCGCUGAAAGUCCACCCAGACCGGGCCCCUGAGGACCCGCUGGCCACAGAGAAAUUUCAGGUGUUGGGAAAGCUGUAUGCGGUGCUGAGUGAUAAGGAGCAGAGAGCUGUCUAUGAUGAGCAGGGGGUGGUGGAUGAAGAGUCUGACGCCCUGAGUCAAGACCGCUGCUGGGAAGACUACUGGAGACUGCUCUUCCCUAAGAUUACGGUGCAGGACAUCCUUGAAUUUGAGAAGAAAUAUAAGGGCUCUGAUGAGGAGCGGCAGGAUGUGAUCCAGCUGUAUGUGCAGCACCAGGGAGAUAUGGACGCCAUUACAGCCUCGGCUCUGUGCUGCUCCCAGGAAGAUGAGCCUAGGCUCUGCAGCAUCAUCCAGGCUGCCAUCGAGAGUGGAGACGUCACAGCAUUCCCAGCGUUUACUCGGGAGAGUGAGAAGAAGAAGAGGGCUCGCAGGAAGAGGGCUGAUAGAGAGCGAGAAGAAGCAGAAGAAAUGCAGAAAGAGAUGGGGCUUGGUGAUCAGGAUGACAGUCUCGUGAUGAUGCUUCAGCAAAGACAGAAGUCCAGAGAGCAGAAUUUUAACAGUUUCCUGUCUGACCUGGAGGCAAAAUACUCCAAAAAAAGUGGGAAAUCGAAAAAAGGACAAAGAGGGAAGAAGUGAAAAGCGUACAGGCUCUGGUUAUAGUAGAUAAAAUGUAUAUACAUCGCGGCAGAUAUCCUCAUUUGUUCAAAACACACCUUUUUAAGAUUAAUAAGAGAAUUUGAGUAUUAGCUCCCUUCUGUAUGCCUCCUCAGUAAACUGUCCUUUAUCUGGCCUCAGUUGCUUUUUUUGUGGCCCUUAUCAAAAUGUAAAUGCAUCUUUUAUUUCUUGUCAUUUGUCUUUUGCUGUCAAAGUCUUCAUUAAACACAAAUAAAUUCAUAUUUAUAUACA